CAGACGGCGUAGUGACCCGCCACUGAAUCAGCACUUUUGUAGCCGAGGUGGAGCUCCGGCAGCCCGGCCAGGAGCGUGACCGAUCACCCUGGGGAAGGUGGACCGCCAGACUCUCACUUUUCACGGAUAAUAACCCAAAGCAACCGGAUUCCGCCACAAGAUUACAUUUUUAUUUUCUUCUCGGCUCCUGGUGGUCCGACUUGGCCGGGCAUCAUGAGCUUGUGGACGAACAGCUCCUUGGAGCCUUUAGUCGGCUCGCAGGCGCCUCCGGCGGAUUCGAACGCCACGGGCAACCGCAGCAAGCACGCCCCGCCGGAAUUGAGCCGGGCCGUGCCGGUGGGUAUGGUGCUGGCUUCGUUCAUCGCUUUCGCCAUCGUGGGCAACCUGCUGGUCAUCUUGUCGGUGGUAUGCAACCGCCACCUGCGCACGCCCACCAACUACUUCAUCAUCAAUCUGGCCAUUGCCGACCUGCUGCUCAGCACCACCGUGCUGCCCGUGUCCGCCACGCUCGAGAUUCUGGACUACUGGGUCUUCGGCCGCAUCUUCUGUGACAUUUGGGCGGCGGUGGACGUCCUGUGCUGCACGGCGUCCAUCAUGUCUCUCUGCGUUAUCUCCAUCGACCGUUACAUCGGCGUGCGCUACCCGCUGCAGUACCCGGUCAUCGUGACGGAGCAACGUGCGCUGCUCGCCAUGCUGGGCGUGUGGAUCCUGGCCAUCGUCAUCUCCAUCGGACCGCUCCUCGGAUGGAAGCAGCCGCCAUCGCAGGACGACACAGAGUGCGUGAUCACCGAGGAGCCCUUCUACGCCCUCUUCUCCUCGCUGGGUUCCUUCUACAUCCCGCUGGCCGUCAUCCUAGCCAUGUACUGUCGCGUCUACGUGGUAGCAAAGCGCACCACGAAGAACCUGGAGGCUGGCGUGAUGAAGGAACGGCAGCAGGACUCCAAUGAGCUGACUCUCAGGAUCCACUGCCGCAAUCAGCAGAUCCAGGACCUGUGCAAGGCCGGAAGCGGCGGAGCAAGCUCCACCGGACGCAGCACGCUGACCGUCAAGCUGCUCAAGUUCUCCAGGGAGAAGAAAGCUGCCAAGACGCUAGGCGUGGUGGUGGGGAUGUUCAUCUUGUGCUGGCUGCCCUUCUUCCUGGCCCUUCCUAUCAGCUCUUUUAACAAAAAUCUGCGUCCACCCAAAACCUUCUUUAAGGUGAUUUUCUGGCUUGGCUACUUCAACAGUUGCCUGAACCCCAUCAUCUACCCCUGCUACAGUCGUGAGUUUAAGCAGGCUUUUAUCCGUAUCCUCCGCUGCCGAUGGAAGCGGAAGCGCCAGGGCUGGCAGGCGUACUACAACUACCGCUGCCAGCAAGGCUCCAACAACUCGUCCUACCUGAACGGCAGCCAGCAGACGUUGUCCUCCAUCAGCCACAGCCCGCGAUGCGUCGCCCCCAAACCGCAACCUUGGUCGUCCAACACGGCGGGCCGUAACCUCCUGCCCGGAUCGGACGGACGGGCGCCGCGGCCGGGCCCGGUUUCUCCGCUUGUCACGGAAGCUGGGGGACGAGACAGGGGUGUGAAAAAGCAGUGAGGGGCGAUCAGACUUCAACGAGCAGAACGACGGCUGCUUUGGAUGUUAAACAUCACGGAGCAACACAACAUCCUCGGUACGGCACCUUGGGUGCUCGCGUAGCUGAUUCGAUUGACCUUCCGUCACACAGCGUGUUGUGUUUUCUUGUAAUCAUAUUUAUUAACGGGCACACGGUGGAGUGGCCUGAAGGCAGCGGAUUUCGAUGCCCAGUAGACUUUUUCUUGUAGGCGAGUGGUUGCCAAAGUUCUGAGGAGAAAUUGGACACUCGACUCGGGCCUUGCAUGUUCUCCCUGUGCUUGAGUGGGUUUUUUUUUCCUCACCAAAAGUCAGAUGGGAUAAGCUCUAUAAAUAGCGUUGGAUGGACUGUUCAAGUUAAUGAAGCACAUUUAUGGAGGCCCGGAUUUCUCUUCUUGUGUUCUAAAAUGUACCUUAACACAAAAAGUGAGUCCAUGUUCUGCCUGAGCAUUGGCUGGUUGAGUCUCGACGGUUCUCACGUGCCAAGUCCCGCCUUCUGCUCGCUGACUGUGGAAAAGUCGAGUCGGAGUCACGGCUUGCUCUGAACUUAAGCGAGAACGCGACCAUGGCAGAAGAACCACCAGCGACAGCAGUAGAGUCAAAGUCACUGGCGAACAAUCGGUCCAAUUGGGGAAUUAUUUAAAAGAUAUAUCUCAGUUUCUCGUAACCAAAUAUAACAAAAUGGCUUCUCUAUAAUAAAGUGCACCUCAGGAUUCACGUCACUUUUUCUUAAUUUCCCAAUGAUCGUAAAUCUGCAGAAAACUCGAAAAAGUCAUAAUUCACGUUGCCAUUUGCACUUUUCUGUUUCUCUGCACUACAAUUUUGAAUGUAGAAACAAAAUAAAUAAUUAAAAUAAUA